UUGACAGUUAUUUAAAGAAUACGAUGGUAUUUGACUGGUAAACAAUGUAAUCAAGAGGGGGUUAUCCAAUCACGGAUUGUCAGAAACACAUGGCAAGCAACUUGAUAUUUAGUUUUUGAGGCGCACCAUGGCAGCUCGCUCAAGCUACAAUGAAGAGAGGAAUCUCCUUCGCAUCCGAGAGUGGGAGAGGCGAAACCAGGAAGGCCUCCAGGAGAAGGAGUUCUACCAGGAGAACGUUCCCCUCUUUGGGGAACCCUACAAGACAAACAAAGGAGAUGAGCUUUCCGGCCGUAUACAGAGGAUGCUGGGUAGUUAUGAAGAUGUGAAAAACCCCAACUCUCAUCUGUGUUUGGACAGUAGCUUCUCUAAUGACCCUUCAUCUCACGUCACCACAACAUAUAGGCGGCCAUCUCACAGCCGAGACAGAGUGAAGCCUCCAUUCCAGAACACUCCUCUGUACAGGGCAGGCCGGAGUGGUAGUGGUGGUCCCUCCAUUAGCAGUCAAACUUCUCAGCCUCUGAAGAGGCUCCCUGGUCCCUCCUCCCACACCCAGUCCUCACUGGGUCUCAGUCAAGGCCAGGCCAGCCCUGAUCCCAUCCAGGGGAAAGCUGAACCCUGCCCCUGGCCAGACCUCAGGGAGUGUGCCAGUCUUACUCCGGUCCUCUCCACCCUAACCCCCCCAGCUGAGCCCCUAUCCCCCCUACAUUCCAGUGACCCCAGCGACUCUGAGCCCCAGGACACCCCCGACAGGCACCAAGGAUCCCCCCUGCACCCCGAGAGGCACCCGGCCUCCCUCCUGCACCCCGACUCCCCUGUCCCAAUGGAGGGGUCCCGUCUUGAUGACCCCCAGAGAGACAUCCCACUUCUGGCCAUCGAGGGAGCAACAACCCUGCCCUCUCAGACAUUCCCUCUACCACUGGCCUCUAAACUAAACCUGGUCAUGCCCCAGAAGCCCACAGCCUACGUCCGGCCCAUGGACGGCCAGGACCAGGUGACCAGCGAGUCUCCGGACUUCAAGCCCUCUCCUGAAGGCUUCCAUGGACAGUCUUAUCAUGAACCCUUACCAGACUUGAAAAGCACCAAGCCCAGCCUUUCCAAACUGAAGAUUCCAUCACACUCUAUAGAGACUCUGUCAAAUGAAGCUCACUGUGUGGAGGACAUUCUGAGGGAAAUGACCCACUCCUGGCCUCCUCUCCUGACUGCCAUCCACACACCCAGCACAGCUGAGCCCUCCAAGUUCUCCUUCCCAGUCAAGGAAGCACAGCAUGUCCCACCUGCAUUUCCAGGACAAAAACACUAUGGAUCACCUCCACUAGCCCCUUCCUCCACACUCAUCUGUCAACAGAGCUCAUCAUGCUCUCCGUCUCUCUGGUCCUUCAGUACGGUUGAAGCAACACAUUCCAGUGGGGUGGAGUCAGCCAGCUCCAAUGACUCCGAGAGCAGCUCAGGGUCAGACUCAGACAGUGAGAGCAGUGAGAGUGGGACAGAGGAGGCCCCACAACCCCUCAGGAGCAGCAGCCCACCAGUACCCAAGGCUGAAGGCCCCGUGGUGACUAACUGGCAGCUGAAUAACUGGAUCAGAGUGAGCCAGCAGAACCCCAUCACAGAGAGCCAGAGUGACACUGUCCAAAGCCCUCUACCGAAACAGCAGCAGAGCCAUGACUCAGAGGAGGCCAUUCCUCCCAGGGACUACAAAUCCCACACACCACCACAAUACCCAGAGUUCAGCGAUAGUGAAGCCAAACCUCCAGGCAGUGAGGACGUUGCCUGCAAACAGCAUGUCCGCCACAAGUCCCCGGCCGCCUCACAUGUUGGGGACAGCAGCAGCAGCAGCCAGAGAAAAACUGUGGGGAACAAACACCCCUCCAGACCAGUUAAGGCUCCCCGUCCUGAGGACUCCCAGGCUGGGCUGCGGGUGGAGAGUGUGGAGGUGGCCCCCCGCGACAAAGACCCCUCGUUCACAGACAGGCCAAAGGUCAAAACGAAAACCGGGCACAGCAGCAAGAGUGGCAGCGCCAUAACGGACAGUAAGAAGUCUGCCAAGCGCAACUCUUUGGAGAAGAGGAAGACUAAACUACCAGAGUCUGGAAGCAGUGGUCCCAAGAUGACUCUGAUGCUGGACUGUAAGAGGGAGAGGUCUCGCAGUCCCAGCCCUGCCCGGGUGGUGGAAACCUCCGUCAGUGUCAGGAAAGAGACCCUCCCGGCCCCUCAUAAGGGCCAGAAAACGCCCAGGAGCUACUCUGCAGCUGCAGCACACCAGGCCAAACGGGAGUCCUCAGCCAAAGCUUCCAGGGCCCCCCAGGGACCUCCACAUGCCCUGCUGGUAAAGAUUGAGCUCAAUCUGCUGUCCAGGGUCCCUCCCCAGGGCUCCAGGCCUUCUCAGGGAGGCCAGGAACCAACCAGCAGGAAGAGACCCAACACAGCCCCAGAGAUUGGAGACGGCGACCCUGCUUUCCCCAUCACUACCAAAGUCUGCAAAAAGAGACCGGCUGAGAAGGAUGUGAAAUCCCUGCCAAGGAAGAAGCCAAAACUGGAGAAAGAUCGCAAGCACUCCUCUUCAUGUCCUGGUUCCUGCAAGUCUGCGAUGCCCAAGAACCCUGGAGAGGAGGAGGAGGAGGAGGAGGAGAGGAAGCGGUCUAAGAAGGGGGCUUCUGUCCCUCUGCAAGACCCUGGGAAAGAGCCGGGGGUGCGCAAGCGGCAUGCAGGGGAGGCCCCAGAGCCCAACGCUGCCUCAGCAGCCAAAAGCAGGGACAGGGAGGCCUCCACCCCCGUCAAACACAAGAAGGGCACUGGGAAACGACACACAGAGCAUUCCAAGACUGGCAAGGCCCCCAAGAGCAGCUUUGCCUUCUCUGUGCCUGCCCAGCCCACCGGGGGUUCCCUGACCUCCAGACCCCUGCUCAAGGUCGAGGACAGGCAGCACCCAGUGGAGUAUCAUAUGAAGGAAGCCAAAAAACUCAAGCACAAAGCAGAUGCCACGUCUGAUAAGGUGGGCAAAGCUUUCAACUACCUCGAUGCUGCCAUGUCCUUUGUGGAGAGCGGCAUCGCUAUGGAAACCGAUCCCCAUACCCCGAAGUCGGCAUAUACGAUGUUCACUGAAACCUUGGAUCUGAUAAGGUUCAUACUGAAACUGAAGGGUUCUGUGGACCCCUCUGCCCCUGUUACAGACAAGGAUUUUACAAUUUUAUGUAUGAGGUGCCAGUCCCUUCUACAGAUGGCCAUGUUUCGCUACAAAAGAGAAACGGCACUUAAGUAUUCAAGGACCCUCACAGAUCAUUUCAAGAGCUCCUCCAAGUCUGCAGCUCCCUCCCAAUGUGUCUCAAAAAGCACGGGCACACCAUCCCCCAUGUCUCCCAUGCCGUCUCCUGCCAGCACAGCCAGCUCUGGGCCAGGCUCCAACCACAGCAGUGGGGUGGGGAUGGGCAAUGUGAGCACUGUGGCCAUUCCCCAGGUCAUCCAGCAGGUGGCAUCGUCCUACGUCAACAUCACAGCACUCUUCCUGAGUGCUCACGACAUCUGGGAGCAGGCUGACGAGCUGGCACACAGAGGCAGUGGUUUGUUGUCUGAGCUGGACUCAGCUCUGGGCCAGUUGAGCCUGACCUCCACCAUGAGCUCUCUGGUGCGUCACACACGGCAGGGACUGCAGUGGCUCCGACUGGACACCUGCGAGACACGGUGACCGUUUCUCAACCCCACCCAGCACUACACAGCCCUGCUUACUCCUGCCUACAGUACCCAGCCCUGGAUAACCCUGUCCAGGACAUCCUAUUUGGCUUUAUUUAUUGACGGGCCAUCAGAUGAAAGCAGGAUCCCAAGUCCCUCUACAAGUUGUUCACAUGGAUACAAAGUCACCUUGUAUUACAUUUUUCCCAACUACCUAUGAAACUGAAGUUCAGAGACCCUGUGUCACACACACACUUUCGGGUCCUCGUCCUCUGUUGGUCACAUGGAUGGGUCCAUUAACAAAACAACUAUCACAUCCACCUCUGGAUCUCUGGAGGCAGCAGGGCCUGCUAGAGCUGUAGUGAGCUGAAUGAGACUCUCCCUUUCUGAAUAACUUGUCACACAGCCAACUGACUGUGGCCUGGCCACCCCUCUGGGUCCUGUCUACCCUGGGGGUUAGACAGUGGAAAGGUUGGCUGAAGAACUGACUUUUGCGAGGGGUCAAAGAGUCCUCCCACCCUUCUCCUGUGGUAAUGCAAAGCAGUGCUGAUAAAAAGCUUAUUUAUUAGCCUUAUUAUAUUAUCAUUAUUACUAUUAAUAUAUUGUUUCAGUAAAAUUGUUUGAUCAAAAGCGGUGUGAUGACUAAUAUUUACUUCACCCAGCUGAAAAGGCCUAUAGAACUACAGGUAUCCAUCCAUCCCAGACCCAUCCAUAAUAAUAGUAAUAAUAUUAUUGGUCAACUCCUGCAGAAUAUAACGAGUAUCUCUGGGCUCCAUAAAGUAUUUUUAAAUUGGUUUUGCCCUGAAAAAUUGACAUGCCAGAAGAUGGCCCUUGACACUUUCUGUGAAUAUGUAUGUUAUUAUUCUAACCUUUUCUCUUCAAAGGAGAUUGACUCUACCUGCCAGGACGUGUCCACUAUGUUAAUUCAGUCAUAACAGAAAUACAGUGCAUUCGGAAAGUAUUCAGACCCCUUGAGUUUUUACACAUUUUGUUACGUUAAAGCCUUAUUCU